CCGAAAGAUGGCAGUAUACUAUAAAUAACUUAAAAAUGACGUCUCAAAACUGUCACUGACACUGAUGGACAAGAAUUGUCUGAUUGCUACCUCAUUUGAUCAUUGCCUAGUGGGUUUUGAGGCAGGCCGUCUGGUCCCAUGCGUUUUCUGAGGGCGCUGCUUCGAGCCAUGUUGGUGGGGGUACGAAAGGCUGUCCUGAGGGACAUACGGGCGUGCAUCAGCACCCAGCUCCUGGUCAUCCUCGGGAGCGUCAUGAUGGUGGUCAUCGUCGUCCGCCAGAUGCAGGGCCCCAUGGACGUGGUCAUCGAGGAGCAGAUCGUCCGGCCAAAGGAUAUGUUUGCGACGAUGACCCCGCAGGACACAGAACCAGAAGUCAUAUUCAAGUCUGGAAUGGGAAAAUAUAACACAUCAAGAAUACCUGCCAUUGUCCACCACAAAAACAUGUUCCUCGCAUUCUGCGAGGCCCGUAAAGACACGAGCCACGACAUCGGUAAUAUCCACAUCGUCUUACGGAGAGGGAAGAGAACAGAUUGGAAAGUCGAAUGGGGGCAGUUACAGGUCGUUGCAUCGCGGCAUGGUUACAGGGCCAUGAACCCAGUGCCGAUCGUGGACAAAGUCCUAGACGUGAUUCUGCUGGUGUACCAGCUGAUCCCCGCCUGGGUCAGCCAAUGGAAGCUGGUCCGAGAUGGCGUCUACAACCAAUACCUCAUGGUUUCUAGGAGUUUUGAUAAUGGAGAGACGUGGACGAUAGCCAAAGAUAUCACUGCUUCAACACUGGGACAAAUGAGACCUCCCCCUGCUCUCUAUGCACCAGGACCAGGACAUGGUAUUCAGCUGAAAUCAGGAAGGCUUUUAGUGGCUGGAAAUUAUUUUGUGAAAGAUGAGGUUGGACCCUUAUUACAUUAUCUAGAUAAUUUUCACAACACCACCAACUAUGCCAAUGUGAUCGCUAGCGAUGACAACGGAGAGACGUGGUUCUUAGGGGGCAGGAUACCCUUCGGGGUGGACCCCUUCUGGAGGCCCAUACAUGGGAAUGAAGCUACAGCAGUAGAAAUAGACAAGGGACAGGUAUGUUUAAAUGGCAGAACCCUUCAUGCUGACUUGACGCGGGUCGUCUCUUUCAGCGACAACGGGGGUGAGACCUUCGGGGCGGGGCGUCUAGCCAGGGAGCUCGUGGAACCGGGAUACAAGCUCACCGAUGAUAACUUUGUCAUCCCAUCAAAGGCUGGUGGCUGCCAGGCCAGCAUGAUAGGGUUCCCAGCACCCCGACCCUACGUCACCGACUCCAACACGUGGGUGCUCUUCUCUAACCCCGCCUCGCCCAAGUUCCGCGAGCGCCUCUCUGUACGCCUCAGCAAAGACGGCUGCAAGUCGUGGAGUCCCCCGUGGAACAUCUUCUCGAAUUUCUCCGGAUAUUCCGACUUAACGUACUUUGAGAUGCGAAACCCGGUCACGGGACUCAGGUCGCAAAAUUUUGCCGUUUUAUUUGAAGCGGGGAACGUCACGUCGCACGACGCUUUGAUGUUCAAAAUGUUCAAUGUAGAAUCUCUAUUAAGUGGACUGGAUAAAGGGAAAUUAAAAUUUGAUCCGGCGGUAUGAGCUCGUUCAAUACUCUGUAGGUAGAGAUUUAUUUAAGCUUGGUUCUCUAUGAGAAUGUUUUCUAGUGUAUGAACUCAAUUAGACGUGAUGUGUAUAUUUAACUCAGGCAGCCGUACUUAUUCCCUUCUCAGACCACACUCGACAUGGUAAACCGAUGACCUCACAUUUGCUCCUGUGACAAUUGCUCCAGGUUUAUUUCUUUAAAGGUUUAGAGUUAGGCUUAGGAUUGCACUUGGGUUUUAGGUUUGGUUUAGGGUCAUGGUUAGGUAUAGUGCUGCAUCCAGGGUUCAUAAAUUUCAGAGUAUGAUCAGUGUAAGAAAUUGACACGGAGCGAUUGCCCCAGGACCAAGUGUCCUGUGACAAAUGCUCUGGCCUUUAUUUCAUCAAAAGCAUAGGGUUAACCGUUAGGGUUAUGUUUAGUGUUACAUGGCAUUAGGUAUCGUGUUUUGUCCAGAGAUGAAGUUAAGAACUUGGUCAGUGUUAAGAAUUUGGUCAGUAUAGGAAAUGGCAUGGAGCAAUUGUGGCUGGACUAAAGUGCAAUAUACCAUCUACAUUUUUGAAAAACAGUGCUGCAGCUAAAUGAGAAACAUACAGAGAAUGCAGGGCCUUCAUUGUAUGCAGCGCGACACUUUUUCAAUCCAACUAGCCAUUCAUUUACUUGUCGUUGUCGUGGUGGUGGUCCUAUAAGUUAUGACUGACCCUUUGUGAACAUGUUGACGAGGAUUCUUUAGAGUGUUCUGUCAUGAGUCAUAAAAAGAGCUUAGAUAAGCGAUAGGCCUGUUAAAGGGAUCCGGUAACUCUGUCUUAGAUCCUUUUAAAAAAUCCUUGAUUCAGCUCAUGCUGCAAUGAUAAUUAUAAACCUUUAGGUCAGUUAGGAACCCCAUGACUUUUACAAGCCGAAUGCCUGUCUGAUCAUCAAGAUAUCUUUGAUUGAAAAUCGAAAUCAAAUUUUGAGUUUGCCAAACGGUUUUCAUAAUACUACAGUCUAUUGGGGAAAACGAGUAUGGUAAAACCUGUCUCAAAGGU